UCUCUACCAUUUUCCUCCGCCUCUGGUUGUCAAGAAGAUGGCAGCUUCCAGGCAGGCAUGAGAGGAAAUACUUCUUCACAAAUCGAAUGAAUUUGGAUUAUUGCCGCAAGAUUAGACCACAAACCCGUGUUUUUGCUACUACUGCAUCGAUAUAAAAAUCAUGUCUGCCCCUGGCUCCACGGCGUCGGUUCUGCAGCCGCGGUGGAAGCGGGUCCUCGGAUGGUCCGGUCCCGUUCCCCGGCCCAGGCAUGGACACAGAGCUGUGGCCAUAAAGGAGCUUAUGGUUGUCUUCGGUGGUGGAAACGAAGGAAUAGUGGAUGAAUUGCAUGUUUACAACACUGCAACAAACCAGUGGUUUAUCCCAGCGGUCCGUGGUGAUAUUCCCCCCGGCUGUGCUGCAUAUGGUUUUGUAUGUGAUGGCACACGAUUGCUGGUGUUUGGUGGAAUGGUGGAGUAUGGAAAGUACAGCAACGAUCUCUAUGAACUUCAGGCCAGCAGAUGGGAAUGGAAAAAGUUGAAAGCGAAAAACCCGAAGAAUGGCCCCCCUCCUUGUCCUCGUCUGGGCCACAGUUUUUCCCUGGUUGGCAAUAAAUGCUACCUGUUUGGUGGACUUGCCAAUGACAGCGAGGACCCAAAAAACAACAUUCCCAGAUACCUAAAUGAUCUGUAUACACUUGAGCUGCGUGCGGGAUCCAGUGUGGUUGGAUGGGAUAUUCCGAUCACAUACGGAGUCCUGCCUCCUCCACGUGAGAGCCACACUGCUGUGGUCUACACCGAAAAGACAAGCAGGAAAUCUCGCCUGAUAAUCUACGGAGGCAUGAGUGGUUGUCGCCUUGGAGAUCUAUGGACACUUGAUAUCGAUACCCUGACAUGGAACAAACCAUCAGUAAACGGGACAGCACCGCUACCCAGAAGUCUUCACUCUGCCACCACCAUCACAAACAAGAUGUAUGUUUUUGGAGGAUGGGUUCCAUUGGUAAUGGAUGACGUUAAAGUGGCCACACACGAGAAGGAGUGGAAGUGCACAAACACUCUCGCCUGCCUAAAUCUAGACUCCAAUUGUUGGGAGACCGUGUUGAUGGAUACUCUUGAAGACAACAUCCCUAGGGCCCGUGCUGGCCACUGUGCCGUGGCCAUCAAUUCCCGACUCUACGUCUGGAGUGGCCGCGACGGUUAUCGCAAAGCUUGGAACAACCAAGUCUGUUGUAAAGACCUCUGGUACCUGGAAACUGAGCGGCCACAUGCUCCUGCCAGGGUGCAGCUAGUCCGUGCCAACACAAACUCUCUCGAGGUCAGCUGGGGCGCCGUCUCAACCGCUGACACCUACUUACUGCAGCUGCAGAAGUACGACAUCCCAGCAACUCCAGCUACAGCCUCUGCAGCUAUGAUUUCCAGCCCCGUGCAGCCUCUGAACUCUCCGAAGGGCCCCGCACUGGCUGUUGCAGCUCCUUCUGCUCAGAAUCUCCCCCAGACAGCCAUCUUGAAGGUUGCGGCUCAACAGUCUGGCACUGGCACAUCUAUUGUCACAGUCCGCCCCAGCCAGCCCGGGAAAUCCCCCAUCACUCUGACAUCCCUCCCGCCUGGUGUAAGGAUGGUCAUGCCUGCCCAGACCACCCAAGGAUCGCCAAUUGGAAGUAGCCCUCAGAUGAGUGGCAUGGCAGCUUUAGCUGCUGCAGCUGCAGCAACACAGAAGAUCCCGCCCUCUGGUGGUACUCUCCUCAAUGUUCCUGCCGGGGCCACCAUUCUCAAAACUGUAGCCAUGUCCCCUGGUACAACCACAAUGAAAAUGGCUUCUCCACUCAUGGUCAGUAACCCAGCCACCCGGAUGCUGAAGACCGCUGCAGCCCAGGUGGGAACAGCUACUGGUUCCUCUCCCACCAACACCAGACCCAUCAUCACUGUGCAUAAGUCUGGAGCAGUCACUGUGGCCCAGCAGGCCCAGGUGGUUACUACAGUGGUGGGAGGAGUUACCAAGACCAUCACCCUGGUCAAAAGUCCCCUCACCAUGGGCGGCAGUGGUACUCUGAUCUCGAACCUUGGCAAGAUGAUGUCUGUGGUACAAACCAAGCCAGUGCAGACAUCUAUCACAGGCCAGGCUUCCAAUAACCCUCUCACACAGCUCCUACAGUCAAAGGGUCCCCUCCCAGCCGGCACCAUCCUUAAGCUGGUGACCUCCGCAGAUGGUAAGCCCACAACCAUCAUCACGACCUCCCAGGCAGGAGGCACUGGACACAAGCCCACGAUCCUCAACAUCAGCGGGGUCUCUCCUAACACCACUAAGCAGGGCACCACCAUCAUUAAGACCAUCCCCAUGUCUGCAAUCAUGAGCCAGUCUGGAGCUGCAGGUCUAAACUCACGUGUGACAAGCAGUGGAGGCAUGAAGACGCCAAUCACGAUCCUCACCACCAAAGUGAUGAGUACAGGAAGUCCCAAUAAAUUCAUCACUACAGUGCCCAAACUCGCCACUGCCGGACAACAGGGACUCACACAGGUCGUCCUGAAGGGUGCUCAUGGACAACCUGGCACUAUCCUGCGCACUGUGCCUAUGAGCACAGUCGGUGGUGUUCGACUUGUGACACCAGUGACCAUGUCUUCUGUUAAGCCCAAUGUGACCACUCUGGUUGUUAAUAGGACGACAGGUGUCACCACUUUUGGGACAGUCACCGGUACCGUCUCCUCCAGCCUGGCAGGAGCCGCUGCAGACAGCUCCAAUGCCUCUCUGGUUACCCCCAUCACCACACUGGGAACCAUCGCCACCCUGUCCAGCCAGGUCAUCAGCCCGGCGUCCAUAACUGUGUCAGCCGCUCAGACCAGCAUGACCUCUGCCACCACCCUCUCUUCCUCCACCAUGACGGUGCAGAACCAGCCCACCCAGGUGACUCUGAUCACAACUCCCAGCGGUGUUGAAGCUCAGCCAGUGCAGGACCUACCAGUGUCCAUCCUGGCUUCACCCACCUCCGAGCAGCCCAGCUCCUCUGAAGCCGGAGCGUCUGGCGAUGGCUCAGGCACCGUGUGCUCCAACCCGCCCUGCGAGACCCAUGAGACCGGCACCACCAACACGGCCACCACCGCCUCCGCUGCGAUGGGAGCAGGACAAGUGUGCUCCAACCCGCCCUGUGAGACGCACGAAACGGGCACAACAAACACAGCCACAACGGCUUCAUCAAACAUGUCGACGCCACGCAUGUGCUCCAACCCGCCGUGCGAGACCCACGAAACCGGGACGACCAACACGGCCACCACAGCGUCCAGCAGCAUGGGGGGAGUCCAGAAGGUUUGCUCCAACCCGCCCUGCGAGACCCACGUGACGGGUACCACCAACACAUCCACCCAGUCGUCCUCCAACAUGAGCACGGGCCAGACGAGCUCCAGCGCGCAGAGGGUGUGCUCCAACCCACCCUGCGAGACCCACGUGACGGGUACCACCAACACAUCCACCCAGUCGUCCUCCAACAUGAGCACGGGCCAGACGAGCUCCAGCGCGCAGAGGGUGUGCUCCAACCCGCCCUGCGAAACACACGAGACCGGGACCACCAACACCCCGUCCACAGCCACCUCAAGCAUGGGCGGAGACCAGAGCAGCUCAGAAGGAGCCCCGGUCCAGAGAGUGUGCUCCAACCCGCCCUGCGAAACACACGAGACCGGCACCACCAACACAGCCACCACAGCCACCUGCACCAUGGAGACAGGCGAAGGCCAGGAGACGGAGGAGGGAGCAGAAAGUACCACCAGCACGGAAGUGGAACCCACCACUGCAGCAACAAGUACUGUCCCCACCACCACCACCACCACCCAGGGCAGGGCCAUCACUACUGUCACUCAGUCCACACCCGCUCCCGGACCCUCUGUACCCUCGAUCUCAUCCAUCUCAGCCGGCUCCCCAGAGGAGCCCAUGCAGACGGAUGAGACCGCAUCAGCAGAAGCUGCACCUGCUGGAGAAGGAGCGUCUGCUAUGGAGACACAAGCUGAGGGUGAAGCAGCCGCAGCUACAGCCUUGAAUCUGCCCUCGGAGCUGAUGGCCGAGGCUCAGGGUGCCACACUGAUGGUGACGGGGCUGUCGGACGAGGAGCUGGCUGUGACUGCAGCAGCAGAGGCCGCUGCUCAGGCAGCUGCCACUGAAGAAGCCCAGGCGCUCGCCAUCCAGGCCGUCCUCCAGGCAGCACAGCAAGCCGUAAUGAAUGAAGCCUCUGGAGAGAGCCAGCAGCCCACCACCAUCCCCAUCAUGUUGACCCAGCAGGAGCUGGCGGCGCUGGUCCUGCAGCAGCAGCAGCUGCAACAGCUGCAGCUGCAGGAGGCUCAAGCCGUGGCGCAGCAGGCCAGCGCGGAGGCCAACCUGCCCACUGAGGGCCUGGCCCCCGCAGACAGCCUCAACGACCCCUCCGUCGAGAGCAACGGACACAAUGAGAUGGCAGCCGCAGUCACCAGUGCUGUGGCCUCACUGCUGCCACGCGCCACUGCCGAGACACUCGCUCCUUCGAGCACAUUUGCUCCAUCUGUAUCUGUGGCAAGUCCAGCCAAGCUGCAAGCAGCAGCCGCCCUGGCAGAUGUGGCCAAUGGGAUCGAGGGAUCGAAACAAGCCCCACAGCCAGCCCCGGUGAAGGCUGUUGUAAAGAAAGACAACCAGUGGUUCGAUGUUGGAAUCGUUAAAGUGACAAAUAUGGUCGUCACCCACUUCUAUAUGCCAGGAGAUGACUCUCAGGGAGAUGAUGACUCUGGCAACCUGCCAGACUACAGCCAAAUGAAGAAAAUGGAGCUGCAGCCUGGCACAGCUUACAAGUUUCGUGUUGCUGGAAUCAACGCUUGUGGCCGUGGAUCUUUCUCAGAGAUAUCCGCUUUCAAGACCUGCCUACCAGGCUUCCCAGGGGCUCCUUGCGCCAUCAAAAUCAGCAAGAGCCCCGAUGGCGCCCACCUGACCUGGGAGCCGCCCUCGGUGACGUCGGGGAAGAUCAUCGAGUACUCUGUGUACCUGGCCAUCCAGAGCAACCAGACAGCCGAAGCCAAGGCCUCCACCCCAGCGCAGCUAGCCUUCAUGCGCGUGUACUGCGGGCCCAACCCCUCCUGCUUGGUGCAGUCGUCCAGCCUCUCCAACGCCCACAUCGACUACACCACCAAGCCCGCUAUCAUCUUCCGCAUCGCCGCCCGUAACGAGAAGGGCUACGGCCCCGCCACCCAAGUCCGAUGGCUGCAAGAAUCCGGCAAAGACGCCGCCUCUGCAAAACCGGCCCCAAAAAGACCAGGCACCUCUCCUGAUACUAAGGCUGCCGGUCCAAAGAAAGCGAGGACGGACCAGUGAGGUCACCCGGGGACCCCUCCCAGUGUUUAGUCCUUUUUUCCACUCGCUGUCCUUUUUAUCAGGAAGACUGACCUUCACCCCUCCUCCUCCUCCUCCACCACCACCUCAUUCUCCAUCCUAAUCUCAUCCUCCACUCUUCAAGUCUCAGACCCAGACAGCAAUGGAGGCAGAACAACCGUAUGAAGCCGAGAUGAAAGUCAACCUGAGAGAUGUUUCUGUAGAUAAAACCCUCCUUCCUCCUCCUUCUGUUGGUUGUACUAUUUUUAGAGCAACACAAACUUAGAAGCACACUAUCUUUUUCCUGUCACAUCCCCUUCCAUCGUUUAACAUCUACUUUUGGCUUGUUUCAGUAGUUGAGCAGUAUAGAGAAGCAUUUACAUCUUUCACAAACUGGGAGCCAGCCUGAGUGCAAUGUUACCUUUUUUUUUGUCUUUGGUUUGUGAAUCCAAGAGGGGAUGUAGAGAGAGACUACACAAAAUGAUGUACAGUGUUGAGGGAAAAAAAAAAGGCUGUGGAGGCAUUAGUUUAGAAGAGAGGAAAAAUCAGUAUGGAUACAAAUAAAGCACUUGUCCUCAGCGACAGAGGACAUAAUUUUUCUCUUUUCUUUUUAUGCUGAAAACAAAAAUUUGCUUCAUCGAGAACCAAGUCUGUAUUCGCCGUACUGGACUCCAGUCUCCUGGUAAUGUCAUCACUGUGCGCUUUUUACCCGACGUGAGGACCGGUGGCCGACACUUCUUCGACGUGGACAAGAAGAGAUUUGUAGAGAAUGAAUGACAGACAUUGCUAUAGGACUGAGACUUGCAGCACACACACACACACACACACAAAUCUUCCCAAAAAAUUAGCAAGCAGCAAUGACGCAGAAGAUCUUUUGUGUAGUUUAUUUUUGUAUUUUUUAAGCUUUUUUUGUUUUGUUUCUUUCCUCCUGUGUGUAUGUGUAUGUCGUGUGCAUUUUUAAAAUGAAAAAAAGCAUCACUUUUUUUAAUUGUUGUUCAUCCCCAUAGUUUGUGUUCGUGGGACGAUCGGUGGCUGUGUUGAGGUUGCCACUAUAUUUUUAAAAGAAAUCUUCAUUCAGCCGGUUGUAUGUACUUGUUGUUGACCGAAGGUAAAUGAACGAGAGAAAGACUUUUGUAUUUGUUCCAAGUAGAAGCCACCGAGGUUGUAGAACUGAAGGGCUCUCUGACGUGGACCCAGGAGAGUUUUUACUUUGUUUACUACUCAAUGCUUGUUGCUUUGUUUGCCAAACAGGAAAUCUCACGAAGUAUGAGGACAAAACAUCAGAUCUUUCCCCCCUCCCCCCUUUCCCCUUUAAUAACCUAAACAAUUGUCCACCGCUUUUUUUUUGCUCUUUUUUUUUUUUUUUUUUUUUUAGAAUGGCAAAUUAUAUUAGUAGACAUAUGUUCCCCUUUCCUAUUAAUGUAUGUGAAUCCAUUUAAUACAUUUUAAUUAUUUUUUUCUUUCCACGGCUCUGUAUUUCAGACUUCAGACUAUUUCAGCAAGCUAACUGUGAUGUGUAAAACCCGUGUGGAAAAUGGGGAUGUCUUUUGGGGAAAAAGCUUACAUAGCCGGAGUGUACUCACUUGUAAAUUAGUUCGUUCAUAGAGCAAGAAUAAAACAAACAAAAAAAAUUCAUCAUCUUGGCCUUUUAUAUAUUUACCUGUAACAAACUGUUUUUACAUGUCGGUCAUCUCUCGAUUGCCUUUUUGUGUCUUUACUUAUAAAAGAAACAAAUAUAUAUAUAUAUAUAAAUAUAUAUAGAUAUAGUCUCCCUGAUGGUUUGCUUCUGUCGAGCUGAUUCACUGUGGGAGUCUGAAACACUGCUAGGUUCAUUACAUCACGACGAUCUGUACAGGGAGCGUUGAAGGACUGUAUAUCCACUUUGUCACGGUAAAAGGCCAGGAAGAUCCCAGGUUUUCCGCUUUGCCACCUUUUUUCUCCAGCCGGCGCAUCGGUCUCUCUCGUUUUGUGCUUUUCUCCCAAUUUCUUUCUUUCUGAAAAUCUCUCUUCAUAUGCAUUCAUAAUUUGUGUGUGUGUGUGUCAGUGUGUCUGUUGAACAAAAACUAGACAUGCAUGCAAAAGCAGUGUAUUUUAGUAGUGAUGCCUUAAGUUAGACCAUAAGCUGAAGGUUCUCAAGAUAAAAAAAAAAACAGAAAAAACAUUUACUGAGUUUGUUCCUCUCUCCAUGUGGUAUACAAUGUGUCCUUUUCCUUCCACAGUACCUUUGCUGGGUCACUAUUUUUGCACCCUCGUUAGAUAGGUCAUCAUCAGCAGUGCCGAGGUCUCUCUGAACUUUCCCCCGGCCUCUCGGGGACGAGCGCUGACUCAGCACUCACAGGCGUUGCGAGUUUCUCUCGGCUGUUCGCAGGUUAUCUGGAAAUGUCCUGUAUUUUCCAAUGUGUGUUUUUUGUACUGUAGGGAGUAAUGUAUCUUUUAUCAUCAAAAAAUAAACAUGUUAAACAUAUAGAGAGAGAGAGAUGU